AUGUCUUCCCUCCCGGCGCCGACUAUCCUACAAACCUCCGCACCAACAGAGCAGUCUUAUUCCCACUCUGGUGGAUCCUUUGGCCCAGCACUGCUAGUGCUAGGCAUCAUUGCUAUGCUUGCCAUUGCUGCAUGCGUCUUCGGGCGCCUUUGUGCUAGUCGUUUUAGCGAGUGCAAAGUAUGGCACGAGGAGCAUCCACUCUCAAGGCAUUUUGAAACAAAGCCAGGCAGUUUCAAUGCGAAAUCUGCCGGCAAUUGCAAGCUCCAAGCUCAAGCGAAGCUCGAACGCGAUGUGAAAACAGAAUUUCGCAGAACUAAAAAUAAGAGAAGAGCGUUGAGGGUGUGUUCGCUCAAUCACAUCAUCUCUCCAGUCCGUAUUACCAAUUAUACCCUUGAAGUUCUAAUAUGUCCCGUAGGAAAAUUCGACUCAAUCACCACAUUGCAGGGGAUAAAUGCGUCAUAUGAGACAAAACGCCAGCGAUGCUGCGUGCUCGCCCGAUCCCUCCUCCCCUCCCCCCGCCGAUCUCGUUCGACUCGAAUCCGCCGCCAUAUUCCUCCUCCUUUUCCCGCAGACCGCGGUGUUACGCUGCCUCCGAUGAAGGCGGUCGCUCAUCCGGUGAGGGCGGCGUUGCGGCGCGUUGGGUUUGGCGGCGGACCACUGACGGGAAGUCUGCGCUGGCGACGCAGGCUCCUGCUCGCUGCGCUCUUCGCGUCGGCAGCGGCCGCCGUGUUUCUCGCCUUCUCUUCGCGCCCUUCGGGCGCUCCCCUCUGGAUCUCCGACUCCUACAGCACCCCCUCCAGUCGCAUCGCUGAUUCACUCUCUUCCGCAAACUUCUCACCUAUGUCACUCCCUGGCUUUGCUUCGAGGCUUAAUUUUAGUGCUUCCGAUGUUACGCCUGUUUUCCCUCCGGUUCUUGCCCCUUCGCCACCGCCUAACGAUGACUUAGAUGAUGCGGAGGUGGAUGACAUUGACAGCGGCCCUGUCUCAAAGGAGACAGCUUUGUGGACAGAGGUCAUGAACUCUACAGAUGCAAAUCUUCCGUCUCUUUUUGUAGAGCCUCACCCUUCUCAACUUGAGAGUUCGAAAUCUGGUACACCUGAACUAAGAGAGCCUCCUUUGUCGCUUCAGAAUGAACUAAGGAUGCCUAUGCCAUUGACAUCCACCGAUCAACAACUUAUCUAUGCCAAAGGAGAAAUUAGUCGUGCGCCUGUUAUCUAUGAUGACUCUGAUCUAUUUGCUCCUCUGUUCCUGAAUGUUUCAGUCUUUAAGAGGAGUUAUUCACUGAUGGAAAGUUUGCUGAAGGUUUACAUCUAUCAGGAUGGAUCAAAACCUAUUUUCCACAGACCUGAUCUCAAAGGCAUCUAUGCUUCUGAAGGGUGGUUCAUGAAAUUAAUGGAGGGUAACAAGAAUUUUGUUGUGAAAGAUCCAAAGAAAGCCCAUUUGUUCUAUCUACCGUACAGUGCACAUAGGUUACAACAGGCGCUUUACGUGCCCAACUCACACAAUUUUCGGCCUUUAAUGAUUUUCUUGAGGGAUCACAUUAACAUGAUUUCUGUCAAGUAUCCUUUUUGGAAUCGAACAAGAGGAGCUGAUCAUUUUCUAGUUGCUUGCCACGACUGGCAUCAGGUUACUUGUUAGCAUCUUACUACAAAGAAAUUGUUUUCAUCUUCUUGCAUGGAUAACAAGGAGGGUGGUUGGUGUAAUCAUUUUU